AUGCUCAGCAGGCUCCAGGGCCAACCCGAGAGCUACGACAAGAAGGCUAAAUACCGCUUCGGUCGCACCCUCGGAGCUGGAACUUACGGUAUCGUCCGUGAGGCUGACGGCCCUACUGGCAAGUGCGCCGUCAAGAUUAUCCUCAAGAAGAAUGUGAAGGGCAACGAGAGAAUGGUCUACGACGAGCUGGACAUGCUCCAGCGUCUCAAGCACCCCCACAUCGUCAAGUUCGUUGACUGGUUUGAGUCGCGUGACAAGUACUAUAUCGUCACUGAACUAGCUACGGGUGGAGAGCUGUUCGAUCGUAUUUGCGAGCAGGGCAAGUUCACAGAGAAGGAUGCUUCACAAACCAUCAAGCAGGUUCUCGAAGCCGUCAACUACUUGCACCAGAACAACGUCGUACACAGAGACUUGAAGCCCGAGAACCUUCUGUACCUUACUAGAGAUAUGGAGUCCGAUCUCGUUUUGGCCGAUUUCGGUAUCGCCAAGAUGCUCGACCGCAAAGACGAAGUCCUCACAACAAUGGCCGGUUCCUUCGGCUACGCAGCUCCUGAGGUCAUGUUGAAGAAGGGUCAUGGCAAGCCGGUAGAUAUGUGGUCCAUGGGUGUCAUCACAUACACUCUGCUUUGCGGUUACUCUCCUUUCCGCUCAGAGAACCUCCAGGAUCUUAUCGAUGAGUGCAGUAAUGCUCAGGUCGUCUUCCAUGAGCGUUACUGGAAGGAUGUCAGUGAUGAUGCAAAGGACUUCAUUUUGCAUCUCCUGCAACCAGAGCCUGUCAAGCGCUGGUCGAGUGAGGAGGCUCUUCACCACCCGUGGCUGAGCGGAGAGAACGCCACCGACCACAACUUGCUGCCCGAGAUCAAGGCCUACAUGGCCAAGGCUCGCCUUCGCCGCGGCAUCGAGAUGGUCAAGCUUGCCAACAGAAUCGAGACACUCAAGGCACAAGAGGAGGACACAGAGGAUUCGGAUUUCCCAGCCGACGCUAUCAGCGCCGCAGACCAGUCCAAGCACGUUGGCGCACACGAAGUUGCCACUGGCGAGAAGCGCAGCCUUUCCAAGACGAUCAAGGGCGCCAUCUUCCGCGAGGUCGUCCUUGCCAAGGUCCGCGAGAUGAAGCAGCAGCAGGACACGCUCAAGGUGAAGGAGGAUGCGGAGAAGGAGCACAGAAGACGCAGCUUUCAGGGAUGA